AUGGGAGGAGCUCAAAUGGAGAAUAGAGAGAUUGAUAAAUUAACAACACUAUUCAAUGACAUAUCAUCGGUUGUAAAGGGUAACAAAGUAGUAGAUAGAGAUGGAUUCAAGAGAUUCCAUUUAAUACCUGGUCCACUAAGCGACAGACUAUUCAAUAUGUGUGAUGCUAAAAAGAAUGGAAUGAUUACAAUCUCUGACUUUAUUGAUGCUCUGGCUGUUUGCGGAAAGGCUCCUGAAAAGGAUAAAUUAAGUUUAAUAUUCAAGUUUAUGGAUUUAGAUGAUGAUGAUACAUUAACAAAAGAGGAAAUAACUGUAUUGUCUGUUGUAUCAUUAGAGAGUUCAUCAAGUCCAAAAGUAACUGCCGUUGAAAGAAAACCAUCAAAUUCUGUUGAAAAUGAAAACCCAUAUAUUAAACAAUUGGUUGGAUUGGGAUUUACAAAAUUAAAGGUGAUUCAAGCAAUCAAUGCAACAGAGAAUGGUACAAAGGGAGAUGGACAAUCACCCAUUGAUAUCAUUACUAAUUGGGUACUCACCACUCAAACCAAAGAGGAUGAUAUUGAUAUUGAUGAUAGUGCUAGUGCUGCUCAUGCAUCACCAGAACCAACCCCAACCAUGGCACCUACUCCUACAACAGCAGUAUCAUCUAAACCAGAUCCACAAACAUUGGAUGAGUUGACUGUCGGAUUGGCACUAUCAACCAUUCUCAGUACCUUUGAAAACCUGUUCCCUAUUAUCGAUGGCAAGGACAAUACUGGCAAGAUCACAUCCAAACAAUUCAAGAAAUGGGCUAGUUCAUCAAAGAGACCUACUGAAUUGGAUAAUUUAUUAAAACCUGUUAGUGGUUUAUAUGAUCGUGCUUUAAAGUGGAAACAAACUGGAUUAAAUCAAAGUGUUGAAGGAUUGGAAAGAUCAACUUCAUCAACAUCGAUUAAUAGUAGUAGUGGAACUGUACCUCCUCCAGCCAAUAUUACUAGUUCAACAAGUGCAUCUGAUCUCAAUCCAAAGGAAUUAAAGAGAUUUUCAUCAGUCUCUGUACUAGACUCUAUGAAACAAAAGGAAAAGGAAAAAGAAAAGGAAAAAGACAGAGCAUCACAAACUCUAUCUAAAAAGGAUGGUAAAAAGGUAGUUGCUUCAACUUCUACUACUAGUUUACAAACUACUACAAGUAAAAAAGAUGAAAAGAAAAAGGAAAAGGAAAAAGAAAAGGAAAAGGAAAAAGAAAAGGAUAAACCAGUUGUUGGUGAUGAAAUCCCACCUCCUUCAAAUAUUACAAAUGCCUCUACUUCUACUACUACUACAACAACAACAACAACCGCGACUACUCCUGCUGUACAAAACGAUACUACAAAACAUUCACAUUUAGCUUCAUCAUCUUCAUCUGUUAGUUCAGAUUUUAGUGAUAGUGAUGAUGAUGGACCAAUUAAACCAGCAAUUCAAGUUGUAAUUAGAGAUAAACCAAUUGAUAAUCCAGAAUUAAAGAAAGCAAAUUCAUUAUUUAAUAUUGAUACACCAGGUAUUAUGAAACCAACAACAUCUACCAAUACCCUUAGAUCAAGAGGUACACGUAACUCUAUUUCAACACGUGCAUCUGUCAUUUUCGAUGGUAACAAUGAUAUCUUUAAUCAACCACUUACACCACUUCCCUAUGGAGCUAGUGGUAGUGGAAUUAAAUCUCCACCAACAACCUCCUCCCCCUCCUCGAUGAAAUCAUCAAUGGAUAGUUUGGAUUUAAUGAAAAAAUGUAUUGAUAAGUUUGAAAAUGGUCAAUUUACAGAUUCAAUGAAAAAUCUUGAUCUUUGUAUUCAAUCUAUUUUAUUAAAUAAUUCAACAACAAAACAAAAUGAAGUAAUAUUUUUAGUUGGAUAUGGAAUGGCAAUUAAAUUAUUACAAUCGAUUAGUGUAUUGGAUGGACAUUUAGAUGGAGAAAAGAAUGAAGAUGAGAGAAUGGUAUUGUUGGAAAAACUAGCACUACAAUCUAAACUGUUGGUUGGUAUUCCAGUGCAAAGACAUCAUCGUUUGCUCUUUGCAAAGAUGGCAACACGUUAUAAUUUUGAGGCGAGAAAUUAUGGAGUCACCAAUGCCUUGAUCGAUUGUAUAUAUAAUGUAAUAGUAUCGUCAUCUGCAGCCUCUGCUGCCGCCUCUGCAGACAAGGAGGCAUUGGAAAAGAUUAAAAAAGUGUGUCUUGAAAAAGAAUUGUUUAACGAAUCGUUGCCAUUCUAUGUCUGUCCAACCUGUAAAACAUCACUACCCAACGAUAAUGCCACCUCGUGUCCAUGUGGACGUUCAAUCAAGUGGUGCUACUCUACUCUACAACUCAUCCAAGAUCUCACCUGUCUACAAUGUAAUUUCUGUCAAGCCACCUAUUCCAUCAGUCAACCUGAUAUCAUCCCAAAAAGUACUUGUCCAUCUUGUCAACAUGGUUUAAUUGUUCAUAAAUAA